GCCUAUCAAUCCUCACCUUAGGAAAUACAUUAACUUCUGGACAUGAUUGAGGCUUCCGAGCGUCAUGAGGAGCACAGGAAGCGGCCUGCCUCGAAGAAAAGCUCCAAGUUAUUAACUAAAAAAGUUUUCAGUAGAAACAAUUUAAUGACAGUUGUCUUUGAGCCCUUAGGGUCAUCGUUGCCUUCUGGUUCUACGAAGGGCAAAAAUUGUUUAUUUUUUCAACCACAUGAUGUUGUAGAAAGGCGGCAUAUUUAUCUUGCCCUGGAGGAGGCGCUGGGGGAAUCGGAUCAACCACCCCAGCCUGUGUUUUCGAUGAAGGUACCGGAAGGGCUGCAUAAACAACUCUUCCGUGUGGGGACCAAUCCCAAUGAAGAAAACCCCACACCCGCACGCGCGAUUUCCCCAUCUUCUGGCCCACUUAGUGCUGACAAUGCGGCCCUUUUGCAUUCGACGGGGUUGGUGAAUGGGGUGGAAUCUCGCGGCCUUCACGCGGCCUCGCAAAGCUGCCUGACGCGUUUCUACACGCAAAAUGGGGUUUUUAACGAUUCGGAAACCGUUUUGGUGCCUUUGACGUACGCUAAAGGGUUGAAGGAUGACGAAUCGAUGGAGGACGAGGAUCCGGUUAAAACAACACCCAUGGGAAAGAAAGCCCGGGAUUUUUGUGGGCGAUGCCCCGGUGGGGUCAGUUGGAUUCGCCUGAAAAAAGAUCUCCAUUCUGUCUUUAGAGAUGCCUACUCUUGGUCAACGCCUUCGGCCGUAGUAGGGAUCAAUUUUUUACCAUUACAAUGGGAGAAAGACCAACUGUGUAAUAUUGAAAUAACUCCCGUAUCCCACACUGGGUUUAAGUUCUUGGAUAUGUGAUGCCAAGCUUGAUAGUCGCUCUGCGAGCGCUAUCCUUAA